AUGGCAUCUAACUGCCUUUUCAUACUGCUCGCCAUCCUCUUCUCCGCGUCAUCUGCCAUAGACAGUACCUCUGAACGCAGCUGGACGGUUCUCGAGUCCGACAACGUUCAGAGUGCCAGUCAACACGAUGGUCUCUUUGGAAAUAACUCUGCUGGAUAUGCCCCUUCUGCUACAGACCCAGCCAAUUUCAUCAACUACUGCAGCCAGAGAAACCUAACCAACGGGAAACCAUUCGACCAGGGAUCUUGCAAUGGAAUUGUGAUGGGCGAUAUCCCUUCUAAGGAUAACAUGGUUUCAACCAUCAUCAGCCUUCCCUUACCAGGCGAAGUUCUUCCCCCAAUGCGCCCCUUCACGGUCAAAUUCAAAGCCUCAAAUCUCGUCGCUGGCUCGGUCACAAACCCCAACUCUACCUUCCUAUCUGCUCCCCAGUCUCUCCGGGGCGGCAAAGUCGUAGGCCAUUUCCACGUUGUUAUCCAGACCCUGCCAGGUUACAUCAUGUCCGAUGACCAAAAUUUCAUUUUGCCUCCUGAUCCCACCAAUUUCGUCUUCUUUCACACUUUUUUUGAUGUCGGUGAUGGGAAGGGUGGGUUUUCGGUCGAUGUUCCCGUGGGUUUACCGAUUGGCUCCUAUCGUGUUUGUACGAUGGCUGCUGCGAGUAAUCAUCAGCCUGUGCUUAUGCCGACCGUCGAGAGGGGCGCCCAGGAUGAUUGUCAGAAGUUCUACGUCAAAAUUUAG